CACAAUGACAUCCCCUCCUCAGUGGAAGAUUCAGCUGCUGGAGAGGAAGCGAAGGGAUGAGGAAGAGGGAAGGCGCAAGGAGAAGGAAGAGCAGGAGAGGCUGGCCAGAAUUCCGGCCUGGAAGAGGGAGAUCAUCGAGAGGAGGCGGGCCAGGCUGUGCCCUGGGACAUCGCCAUUGGAAAUACAGGCUGAGGGUCAGGCUGGGUCUAGCCCGAUGGGCUCUGCAGCCAAGACUGGGACUGAUGGGAUGGAGCCUGAGGCCUGCGUUGCCGUGGCGACGGACAGCGUGGUGCUGCGGGAGAACAUUGGGCCCCUGCGCCAGAAUCACUUCAUUCAGCGGGAGAAGCAGAGGAAGGGAGGUUCGGAGCUGGAGCAGGCCCCUCUGGGAGUCCCAGGGACCGAGGUGACCUGUCACACCCCAGGGGUGACAAUCAUACAGGCAGACGACAUGACCAUCAUCGAAUCUGGGCCCAGGCUCCCAGGCACCGGGGAGAAGCUGCCGAGCGUGAACGGCCUGCCUGGUCAGCAGGGGACUUGUCGGCCUGAUCUCCGGUCCCCCUUGAGCAGGAGCGUGGAGGAUCUGAACUCCUUUGGGAAGUGCCGAGCGGAGGUGGGAGAGGAGGGCCCCGGACGGGGAAGGGUCAGCCGCCUACUGUGCAGGUUCGGCCAGCGGGGGCGCACCUGGGUGGCCGGGGUUGGCGGGGGAGAGGACGAGGCGGAGGCUCUGGCGGCACGGCCAUCUCGGUCCCGCAGCACCGAGAACAUUCUGGAGCGCCCGGGCCGCUCAGGGGCACCCUCUGCCCCACCGCGGAGCCCUCAUGCCCCGCGCCGAGGACGCAGGCCCCAGUCCCGCUCUCCCCCCACCACCUCCCCUCCGCGCACGGUCUCCACCUCCUGCAGCCGCUUCGAGGCCCGGUUGGCGACGGAGACCCCAGGCCGAGCCGGCAAUGAGGAGGAGGCCCAGCCCGCUAGGCCGGGGUCCCGGGGGAUGGUUGGGGAGGGAGGAGGAGGAGGACGCCCCAGGCCUGGUUCUGUGGGCAGCGGGAGGCGGGAUCCAGACUCAGGCCCUGGCGUAGCAAGGGACGGCAAGGCUGAACCCAGGGAGGCCCAGGCUCUGGUUGAUGGCCAGGCCGCGCCCUCCAAGCAGCAGCAGCAGGAGGAGGAGGAGGCCGAAGCCUCCGUCCUCCUCCCCCACCCACCCUCCCCCAGCGACGUAAACACUCUCGGCUCCUCCAGGCCACAGCAGCCUGUCAGUGUGGCUUCCUCUUCCUGUGCAGAGCAGGCCCCUGCUGCUUCCUGCGUUCCUGCUGUUGCUACUGCUGGCGCAGCGACAGACCGGAGACGCACCGGAGAGGCUGGACCCCAGGGCGGGACGCCUGAGCUAGGCCCGGACAGGGCCCCCUUCCCCGAGCCCAGGCCGGAUCCAGACACCAGUCGGGGGGGGCCAAGCAGCAACAUGAGCAGGCCGCAGCCUCCCACUGUGGGCCCCCGGGAAGCCAGGCUUCCGGCCUUCCCCGUCCGAGCCAGCUACGGAGGAGGAGGGGGGGGAGUGGUCACCCAGGAGACAGAGGGUGCCAACGACGGAGGGCGGGGGCGGCAGGGUACCCUGUCGCCCGUGCCCUCGAGGCCAGGCCCCGGGGCGGCGUCGGAGGACGGCGAGGGGAGGCUGCGGCCUACCUUCUCUCCCGGCCCCCAGCGCAAGUCAGGGAGAACCAUCACCAUCAACCCCCGCAAGAUGGCAGCCAACAAGACCCCGUCUCCCGGCAACGCCACGACAACAGAGAACGGCAUCUCGGGGACGCCGCCCGCUGGCUCGCCCGCUGCCCCGGCAAAGAAACGGUACCCGACGGCUGAGGAGAUCCAGGUGAUCGGCGGCUACCUGACGCUGCAGAGGUCAUGCCUGGUCAAGUCCGGCGUCAGCCGAGGGAAGGUAAGAGGCACGCCCCGGGGUGGGGGGGACGGUGAAUCAGGCAAUGGGGCACUCCCAGAAGGUGGGCGCUGGAGGAGGGCGGAGGUAGGGAUAGUGUGAGGGGUACGUUCAUCGAGGGGUUUAAGCUGUAAAGACUCCACAAGCUUGAUGUGCCAGCACGGGGAGAACUGUUCCUCACCAUCACUGUUCCAUCACAUGUCUUUCUCUCCCUUCCUCCUUCCUGUCUCUCUCGUGUGCGCGUGGGAGUGAACGAAUGUGUUUGUAUGUGUGUGUGUGUGAGACAGUGAAUGUAUUUGCAUACCUGUGUGUGUGAGAAUGUAAGUGUGAGUGAAUAUGCGUGUGUGUGUGUGAGAGAGAGAGACAGAGUGAAUGUAUUUGCACCACUCUCUCUACCUUGCCAUCUUUCCCUUUCUUCCCCAUUCUUUCCCUCUCAUUCUGCCUAUCUCUAACUCGAUUCACUUCGUGCUCUCCCUUCAUGGGGAUUAUCUUUGUACAAAGUGACUGCCGUGACUACGACCAGUAAUUGUACUUCAAAAGGGAUUACGAUGAUUGGCUAUGAUUCGCUUCUGGAUUCUCUGAGGUUGUGAAAGUGGUUAAAGUCGAUGCAAGUUUAUACCGUUUCUCUUUAGCUCCAUCUGACCCCUUCCAACAUUUCCAUUCUUUCUCUUCCACCCGCUUCCUGGCCACUCUCUCUCUUUCUCUCUCAGUGAAUGAAAUGAAUGUGGUUCUACCAUUCUCAGCACUCCUUUCCUGCGAACAGCUGGCUAGUCUCUGCCGCUGGGCUUGUUCAUGUGUCUGUUGUAAUCAGAUAGUUAUGCACUGCUGAAUUCCUUGGCAUAGUUCCAUAUGUUAUAGAUCCAUCCACUUCGCUUAAAGAUUCACUGUGGGACACUGCUUCUUUGUGCCUUUGCAACUCGUCAGUGCAGUAAAUACAAAAUAACGCUCUCCGCUGGUAGGGGUGAGGGGGAGGAAAUAGAAAGAACCAGCUACUUUCCUGGCAUGUUGCGUGCAAUCAGACCACAAUUCUUGUAACCCUGUGUGCAUGGCGAAUUAUUGUUUGUGACGUUCUCUAUAGACAUGACUGGGGAGUGCAAUGAUCUGUGUUUGCACUCCAGUCUGUUAAUGUCUAACGUUGGUAUACAUUAUGUCACAUAGACCCUACAGUGGAGUGUUCUCAUCACAGUGAACAGGAACUUGUGCUUAUAGAUUUUCUUUGGUGAAGCCUAUGAAGAGAAACAGAAGCACAGCACCCAGGUGAAGGCUUGGAGGUUGGGUGAGAGAGUUACAUUUAGAGACAUAGAGAUGUACAGCAUGGAAACAGACCCUUCGGUCCAAUUCAUCCAUGCCAACCAG